GGAGAGAAAUUCGAUCUGAAGCGGCGGUGGGAACUGGGAAGGUGCCAAUUAUGCACGAGGGUACAAACUACUAAACGUCAAAGCUCUCCGGGUACAAGGCGCCUGCAAAGGCGCGUGGACGCAUCGAACGAUCCGAAUCGCCAUUUUUGCUUGUUUAACUAUAAAGUCUACAGUGUCUCACACGUACACUACCCGCCAACCCCACCACCGCUGUCUCAUCUGCCCCACGAAAUUUCGCAUUUUGUUCAUCGUUCUGAACCCUCGAUAUCUCUGAACCGUGUUUCUAAUUUCAAGGUGUGUGUUUUGUUAAUGAUUUAGAUGGAGAAGAGAAAUGAGAUACAACAAUUUACAGAGAACUGAGAAGAGGAAAAGAAAAAGAGAGUUUUCGAGUGGUGUAAAGAGGGAUGGGCUCUCAUUCCAAAGGAAGGAAUAACAGUUAUGAUUACUCGUUCAAGAUACUGUUGAUUGGUGAUUCUUGUGUUGGCAAGAGCAGCCUUCUUCUCAGUUUCAUCUCCAACUUGGUUCAUGACCUGUCCCCCACCAUUGGUGUGGAUUUUAAGGUAAAGCUGCUCACAAUUGGUGGAAAAAGAUUGAAGCUUACAAUUUGGGACACAGGACAGGAAAGGUUCGGAACGUUAACAAGCUCUUACUACAGAGGUUCUCAUGGAAUUAUUCUCGUGUAUGAUGUGACACGGCGUGAAACCUUUACAAACGUGUUGGACAUAUGGGCAAAGGAAGUACAGCUCUACUCCACUAAUCAUGAGUGUGUCAAAAUCCUUCUGGGGAAUAAGGUUGAUAGGGAUACAGAGAGGGCUGUAACAAGAGAAGAAGGAUUGGCCCUUGCACAAGAACAUAAAUGGUUUUUUCUUGAAUGUAGUGCAAAAACUAGAGAGAAUGUUCAACAGUGCUUUAAAGAUCUCACAUUAAAGUUACAGAUACUCGAGGUUCCAAGUUUAUUGGAAAACGGAUCCGCAGUUGUGAAGAGACAAAUUUUAGCACAGAAGAAGGUAGACCCAACAUCUAGUAGUACUGGUGGUUGCUGCUCCUGAAGUAAAUUGAUGCAAUAUAAAGCUACAACACAACAACUAGAACUUGCUGCAACAAAUUAGAAGACCUCAAGAAGUGGCUGAAUGCUAUCAGAUGACUGCAUCAUCUCAAGACACACCUUCACAAUCUGACGGGCAAGCGUUUUCCAAAUCUUUUUCCCACUUCUAUAAUAGUUUUGCAAAAUUUUUGGGAGUCUCGUGAC